UUGGAACUACUCGGCCGCGCGGCACGAGUGUUUGUCACAUGCUCGGAGAACUUCUCUUAUGGAGUGUAGCCUGAUUCCAAUAUAUUCCUGACCAGAUUGGCGUGAUGGCAAAUCUAGCCGUCAGUGACUCAGAGAAGACUUUCAUCAUUCACGGAGUGGAGGACAAUCUCCGGUGCGACGGACGGGGUUGUCUCGACUACCGGCACAUCGAGUUAGAGCUCGGUGCUGCGCCAAAUUGCAGUGGUUCAUCGCAUGUGAGGAUCGCGAAUACCGAUGUACUGGUUGGUAUAAAAGCGGAAAUCGCGGCCCCGGAUCACGCCGCGCCUGAUAGGGGUCGCAUAGAAUUUUUCGUCGAUCUGACGGCUAACGCGGAUCCGGAAUUCGAGGGUACCGGUGGUGAUGAACUCGGCCAGCAGAUCGCUGGAGCACUGGCAGAGGCCUACGUAUCGAAGCGCUUCCUCGACCUGAGCUCGCUGUGCAUAGUGAAAAACCAACAAGUUUGGGUUCUGUUCGUCGACAUUCUGAUCCUUGAACUCGGCGGGAGUCUAUACGAUGCCGUUUCGAUCGCGGUUAAAGCCGCGCUUUACGAUCUGCGCAUUCCGAAGCUGACUGUGUCAAUCGGAGAAGACGGUAAACCGGAGAUCGAAGUAUCUGAUGAUCCCCACACACAAGAGCCUCUAGCCAUCGCAAACGUGCCGUGCUUCGUGACUCUAUCGAAAAUCGGAUCCCAGUUCGUCGUUGACGUCAGUCAGGAGGAGGCCGAGUGUUCCACGGUGAACAUGUGCUGUGCAAUUGCUCCGAACGGUCGUAUGGCGACAACGAUGAAGACCGGCGUGGGAAGUCUUCAUCCAGACAGUCUGAUAGAAGCUCUGCAAUUGGCUCAAGAGAUCGGAGUCGCCCUGCACAAAGCACUUCAUAAACAGUUCGUCAAAGCCCAAGAACUCAGUGGACGAACUAAUGGUUUCUUGUUAUAGGUCGAACCUUUGUCGUAUCGACAAUGGUCGACAUUUUCGGACUCAUGAUGACCUUGUAAAUUAAAUCAAUAAACA